AACUAUUUUCACGAAUAUCAAAUUUUACUAUAUUCAUGUUUUUUAUUAAUCGUUAACCACUAUUAAUCGUCAUCUGUCUAGUGUCUACGUUGAUUAACUAAGAUGGAAAAUCAAGAUACUUCACAUUGUCCUCCGUCAUCUCUCCGGCCACCGCCUUUACAACAACCUCAGCGGCCACCUCUUUCACAACUUCCGCCGCCUGAACAGGGCAGAGGCGCAAUACCGCGAGAUUUAAGACCUGUUCGGGGUCGCAGAGUUGCCCAUCAUGAAUCACGAAAUGCUGAUGUAAGGAUUAAUCCUUAUCACAGAAAUUUGGAAAAUGCCGCGGUGUUUAUUGCUAAAUUUAUUAGUGCUAUCAACAAAGAAACUGAGAAUGAUUUAAUUAAUAGAAGAAAUAGACAACAUCAAGAGGAAGAUAGAGAGUGAAAUUGUAGUUAUACAAAAAAUAAA